AUGGAUUCCACGACAGGGUCGCCGUCCGACGGCGCGCCCGGCGCCAUUCGCACGCGCAACAAGAACGCCAGCAGCAUCGCUAAGCGCGCCUGCGACCAAUGCAAGUUCCGCAAGAUCAAGUGCAGCCUGUCGCAGCCCUGUAAAGCCUGCCAAUCGAUGGGCUUCGACUGUACCUUCCUUCAGCCGCAGAAGAAGCGCGGACCAACCGGCCAUCGGGUGUCACAAAUUCGACAGCAGCAGACGCAUAUCAUCUCUCGAGACCCUUCCGAGGCUCCGAUUCCUAAGCAAGACUCCUUCCCGUAUCAUGUCCCGACUUCAUCGGUGGAACCGGGUCAGCCCGUCUCCAUGCCGGGGGCAUCCUGGGCGCCUCAUAGCGAAAUGCCGAUUGGCAUGAAUGGGUCAUCCGGGCUGGCACCGUCUGGUCCAUCACAGCCGGUUGUGGAUGCAUGGGGCAACGAGACUGCGUCGAUGGAUUCGCACGCGAACAGUGCCGUGGGGUGGAACGACCGUCCCGACGUCGAAUACUGGCUGCCGGACCACCUGGGCUCGCAAGUCCCCGUCUUCGAAUUCCCCGGAAGCAACAUCUAUCUCAAACCCUCCCUCCCCUCAAUCAUCCAGCCACUACCCGAUGUGUCGGCGAUGAACAUGCCACCGCAGGAACAACACCAGGGAAUCCCAUUCUCUCCUGCCGUGGGAACGGGAACCUCAUCGAUCCAGUCAGACAGCCAGGAAGCAGAUGAAUUCUGGCCCUCCUCGAUCAACGAGUCGAACAUGAUACCCUGGAUCGAUGUCUACUUCGAUCGACUACACCCGACUCUCCCAGUGCUGAGCCGUUCUUCCCUCUUCACCCGCAUGAUGUCACAGGAGCAUCGGAAAAAUACACAAUUCGGUGCGAUGUUGCUUUCAUUGUGCGCGUUCUCUCUAACGCAGCCGAUUGAGAUUAACGAGCGGGCGACAACCUCCUCGCGUGCCACCCAAGCACGAUCCAUGAUGCACGAGGCCACCAAGAUGCGAAGCUGCUCCGAUUUCGGUGAGAACCCCACCAUCGAGGCCGUAUUGACAAGCUUCUUCCUUUUUGGCUGUCUAUUCGGCAGCAACCAGCACAAUGCGGCCUGGCUUCGGUUACGGGAAGCAUUGGACCUGGCUUCGACGCUGGGGCUGAACGACCCAGAAUCUUAUCGUGACUUAACUGGCGAUGAAAAGGGCCAGCGGCUGCGGACAUAUCUUGUCCUUUCAAUCACAGAAAGAGCCUAUGCUCUCCAGCGGCUUCACCCGGUAACAUUUUCGGGGAAGCCGGGCUUCAGCAUGCGUUCCGUACACGACUUCCUCCAUAACGCAACCCACAGCCUCGUCUCCGGCAUCAUCGUUCACAACGAGAAAGAUGCGGAGGGAAUGAUGGGUCUGGCCCGACUGAUGGAAUUAUUCGAUGUUAUCGAUGAAGACAUCAUCCAUUGCUGGAACCGACGAUGUGACAUCAGUAAGGGAUUCUGCUCCCGGUUCACCGAGGCCAAAGCCAUGUCCAUGUAUGACAGCUUGGACCGAAUCAGCCAAAAUGAGCGGUUCAAGGGAUACGACUGGUUCGAGAAAGCAAAGGGAGACCGUAACGACAAUAACGCUCUCUUGGCGAUGGGGCUGCGAGAAACGCAGGCUGCAGAUGUUUUCAUCACUCAACGAUGGAUUCAGAACCGUGUCUGGCUACUGUGUCUAAACCAUGGCAUUCUAAGAUCACACUCGGAGCGGCCCGACUUGACAUUCGGUUAUGCUGUGUCCGUGGCUGAAUCAACGCUCCAGCUCUGUCGAUCAUUGAAGCUGAGCUCGAUGGAAGCUCAUGGCAUUGGAUUUACCGAGAAAUUAUACGAUAUAGCCGUCAGUGCAACUGACAUCCUCUGCAAUAUCAACCCACCCUAUGGGACUGGAAUGGCGCCCCUUGGGAGCUUCACGGACUCGAUACCCACAAGCUCGACUCCGCAGACACUUGCGGAGGACUUUUUGCUGCUGUUGAGCAGCUUUCGUGGUGGCAAUCAUCCCUUCUUGGAGAAAUACAAGGCGCACCUGCACUCGCUACAGAUUCCGAGCAGCAAAGUGACAGCCUGGGCAACGCAAUGA